AAGGAUUUUGCACAUCAUGUUUGUAGGAAACCAUGAAAAGGACGAACGCAGUGAAUUUUCUUCUAAAGACCUUUCGAGUUCUUCUGCAGACGACAAUGCUGGAAAUAACAAAAGGGGAGAAACUUCCACGCGAGAGGACGUUGCUAGGUUUGUAAGAAAACUGGUUUCGUUUGUGGAUGACCCUUCUUGUGAUGAUAUCGUUUCAUGGAAUGAGACUGGAACUGGCUUUGUCAUAUGGGACAGUAAUGCAUUUUGUUUGAAGGUUCUUAGUUGCUACUUUCGUCACACAAAUCUGUCUAGCUUUGUAAGGCAACUGAACCAGUAUGGGUUUAGAAAGACGGCACACUCAAGAUGGGAAUUCUGUCACGAUAGCUUUCGACGAGGAAGACCUGAACUAUUGGGAGAGAUAAAACGUGUCUCAGUGAGCUCCAACGUUUCAGGAAAGUCUUCAAAGGCGUUAUUGCACGCUCAAAUUCCAACUUUUGUCGAUUUCUCGCCAUCCUUUGGUCUCCCCUUUACAUAUUCAGCUGCAGAUUUGCAACAAGAGUUUAUGGAUAUGGACCGAGUAGAAUCGACACUUGUCAACCUUCAAGAGGAAGCCAAGUUAUUGAUGACCAACUUAGAAGAGUCCAAGUUGCAAUGCGAUGAGCUGAAGCUAUAUCUGGAAUAUGGAAAUUCUGCUACUCAACAGUCUGAUGUUGCACAGGAUAAGGUACCAGAGCCAAAAGCUGUUGGACAGUCAAGCAGUAAUAGUUUGAAGAAUGAUCCAUCCUUUGUUCCCUCAUUCAAUAGGAUACCUGCACAAGAGCAGCAGUUAAGGGACUCUCAAAUGAGUGAAGCUUUAUUGUCCCAACAAAGACUUGAUGAGGGAAUUCAGAGACAAGGUUCUUCAGUGGAAGGAUUUUCUUCUCUGCCCCAUCCUACCAGAUUUACUAGUGAGCUGGUCUAUCGUCGAUGGAUAAAGGCACAACUACAGCGUGAAGCAGAGUUAAGGAAGCUUCAACUGGAUAGAGAAUGGAGACCAAGCUAGUGUUUCAAGUUGUUGUUUCGUUGUAUAGUUUUGCGUAUACGUCGAGAAUACGUUUGGUUUUCUUUUCAUAGAGUUCAUUGUUGGUGGAUUGUCUAUAUUCUGAAAGACAAAGUUUCUAUAGAGUGCUUUUAUGUUGGUUCGAGAAACGAUAUGAAGCUCUGUUGUAGAAAUCUACAUACGAAGUUGUUUUCUUAUUAAUAAGAAAUUUUCAAAAGUUGAAACUUACAAACUACACACGACUUGUGAUUUUUCACA